UUUAAAAAAAAUGUCGGAAAGCAACAAAGUAGCUCCAGCUGAAAACAAAGUAGCUGAAAAUCAAGAAAAGAAAAAUGAGACCAUUAAAGAAGUUAAAAUUAAAUGUAAGGGCAAUUGUGUCUCAGAGUUGAAAAAUUCUUUGGAGGGAAUCAAGGAGGCUGUGAUGCUGCUCGUCGAAAAACAACAACAAGAAAAUUCAACAGAAGAGACAUCAUCAAACAACACAGAAGAAAUACCAAUUCAACAACAUUUUCGUGGAGGACAACAAUUUCGUGGAGCUCAACAAUUUCGCGGCGGCCGGGGAUUUCGUGGAGGACGUCGCAUCAGAUUCUUCGAACCUUAUGGUUACGACAACAACAAUCAUGAUCGUUACCGCAGAGCUGGCUCUUUGGGACCCCGACGUUAUUAA